AUGGACUACUCAGGUCAUCGAACGGAAAAUGCACAUGGUUCAGAUUUAUUCAAUAAUCAUACUUUACUCUCUGGGAAGUCAGUAACUAUUUUGGAUUUUGAAUUAAAUUCAACAUGUUUACGGUAUAAUUCUUAUAGUAUUCCUCCACCCCCUUUAUGCAGUACUGAUACAAAAUCUACCUCACCUAAUAGUUAUCAAUAUUGCCACACUGAAUCUUAUCAAGCUGUUAAAGUGACAUGGGCUAAAUUACGGACGGCAGCUCCACAAAUUUUUCAACUUGCAUCUAAAAUGUAUAUGUCUCAUGAUGAGUUGGGAGAAUUGGUGCACUCGGCGCUACUCGACUCACAUAUAGAUCGUCAGUCAACAUAUAAACAAGUUGCAUGUCGGUGGCUCCGUCAGAAUCCAACUAAAUGGAAAAGUUGGACAGUUGAUUGGGACAAAAAACUUAACUUAACAGUAGCUGGCCUGUUCAGUAUGUAUGGGAAAUGGGUUCUGUAUGGUCUUGAUCGAGUGGCUCAAGAAGCUAUGAAUUUUGUCAACGCCGACUCAGAUUAUUUUCGCAAUUCUGAAUAUGCAUUAAGUAUGGAUGUACGUAAUUUAACAUGUGAACCUGACGUCGUGUUAAGCGAUUAUUUUAAAGUGUUGGAGAAUGCUGUCGACACUCGUCUUAUUGGUUCCAUCGUAUGGGGUUGGCAUCGAAUAGUUGUAUUUCGUAAAUCGGAUCAUUUUUUUGAACCUUUAUUAUUUCAAGCAAAGGGAAUCGAAAUUAUUGCCAAUAUUGAAAUGGAUGAACAACAGUUAACUUAUAAACUGGCAAAAGAUACUUUAGAAGAAUUAAAGCAACAGAACAGUCGCAUAUUUGUUGUCGAGUACGAUGCACGUGCUACUUAUUUGAUACUCUGUGCAGCAUAUCAUGAAGGGAUGUAUUUUUCCGCUGGGUACGUUUGGUUUUUGAAUCCAUGGCUCUCUGAUCAAUGGUGGAUGGAAUUGGUUGGCCGAAAUACUGAGUGUAAUUUUAGUGAAAUGCUCAAUAUUACUUCGUGGACUUUUACUGUUGGACACCAGUUGUUAAUUGGUCCUAUGGUGCACAGUUUUAUUCCUCGUACUAGUGAGUUUAUGGAUUCAGACUCUAAGUCUGGAAAUAAUUCAAGUGGUACUCCGAAUCGAACUUCAUCUGAACAAAUACGACGCAGACGCCAUGUUUUUGUUCAGUCACAAACGUUAGAAGUACCACCUGUCUUAUCAAGAACUAAACAUAAUCCCAAUCCAAAUGAUUUUGGGAAAUCUACAUUCAGUGAUCACUCAAAACGUAAAUUAAUCAAAGAUCCUCUUCAUGAUUACACUGUGUAUACUUAUGAUGCUGUUAUCCUACUAGCAAGUGCUGUUGUUCAUCUUUUACGAGAAAAUCCUGCUGCAGCAUCUGCUCUUAAUCAUCCUGAUGUAUCUGAAACUCUUCGAACACUUGUUGCACGAACAAAUUUUGGUUAUCGAUUUCAGACAGAUAAUUCAACAACUGGACAAUCUAGUGAAAUAAAUGAACUUGUUCCAGGUAUCAAUGAUGAUAAUUUUGGUGUAGAUGCUGGAUUUCAACUUACUGGUGACUAUUAUGGUAUACGCAGUCAAAGUCCUGCUUCAGCAUCAAAUUUGCGAUUUAAUGAUCAUAAUGAACGUAUUGCUGAUUAUUGGCUGUUGAAACAAAGACAUUUAAAUACUACUGUACCGAUUAUAAUGUGGUCAACAAAAAACUAUGAAGAAGUACAUGAGCAAGAUCAACAACAACAAUCAUAUGAUUUCAUCAAAUAA